AGUGACCAUUGGGCUUGAUACAACUCGAUAUUCAUACUUCACCUCCAUCAUCUGCGUUGCUACUCUCGCGACAAUGGUGGCCUCAUUCUUCUACGGAACUCUGAUGCAUCCCAAGAUCUUGAAGCUAGUCAUUCAGAAUGAUGCGUCCCACCUAGAGAUCUGCGCGGCAGUAUUGCUAAACCAUACCCGCCACAAGAUCAAGGGCGAGGACUACCCUGCAGUUGUGCCGUAUGAGAAGGGCCGUACACUCUUUGAUCAUGACCUCUCCGACGAGGAUCGAUGCGUUCGAGGAACCCUUGUCAGAGGCCUGACAGCGCGAGAUAUCGCUCGUCUCGACGCCUUCGAAGACGACGAGUACAUCCGCCAAGAGUUGCCCGUCCACCCCCUCACCCCCUUCGCGUCUGUGCGAGGCGAUGGCGAGAUCAGCGGCUCGGAUGCAGACGCUACAAUCCCCUCUACGCCGCCACAUCUGCCCGACGCUCUCGCUGAGCCAGUGAUGGCCCAAGUCUACGUCUGGCUGGAUAUUUCGAGAUUGGAGGCGGAACUGUGGUCGUACGAGGACUUCGUCAAGCACAAUGCGCAUAAGUGGUAUGGGGAUGGAACGGAGGUGGCGGAGGAAGAGUUGUCCGAGCGGAGACGUAAGCUGCUCGAGGAAGAGCGGGGAAGUGUGCAGGUGAAUGCGUAGAUAUGGAGAAGUCCUGCAAUGCUGUAUAUUGGCCAUAGAUCUUAGCCAUUCGGCUCGGAUGUGUAGACGCUUGCUGCCGCGUUCGGCGGUCUCAAAGGACGGAAGGCCUGCCCUCCAAGAUUUACGCUUCGAACAUUCUACGGGAUGUUAAUAUAUUGAGCGC